CUUUUUGAAAUUUCCUAUCUGGAAUUCUGGAAGGAAGAAAGUUUGAUCAAGGACAAUAAAUAUUUUCUCCAUUAAAAAAAAAGAUACAUAAAAUAAAAAAAAUUCCUUGAUAAAAUACUAUAAUUCAUUUCAGGAGGCAAAUAGUUAAGACAUAUUUCAUAGAAUCAUAGAAUUUAUCAUGUUUUCAUCUGGGUAAUAUUACCCACAAAAGGGCAGGAAUAGCCCCUAAUGUGUCCUUAUUUAUCAAAUACAUUCACAGGUAGAAAUAUAAAAUAGAAUUUGCUCCCUUGUCAGGUUUUAGCCAGUUGCCUUCUUUUGGCUCAAAAAUUCAUGACGGGGGAGCUUGAACUUUCAGUCUCUGAAAGAAGAAGAAGAAAAAAAGCCUGUGACCUUCUUUGUUCAGACCUUCUCAAUAUGGUGAAGGGAACCACCCUUCCAGGCUCCGUUUCCACAUGCUAACCGGUCCCAUCAGAAAAUGGCAUCCACAGCAGAAAGGUUCCUGCCAGCUGACGUGGCAACUGACCAUCCCUGCCAGCUGUGAGUCAUACUAGCAGAGGCUGUGAGCAUGGGGUGUAGCAGCUGCAGAGACAGCAGGCAUGGGAACAGCAGCAGCAGCAACGGCAGCAACAGCUGCAUCUUCUCUUUAGGUGCAGAAGAUGAAGAUAAAGUAACUGCAAUACCGAUUGAAUCAAAAUUCAAGAGGAAUUCUGAGAAUAGCCAGGGAUGAAACCCUGGGUUCCUAUUCCUCAGCCCCAACCUCAACCCCAGCCCCAGCCCCAAGGAAGACCUGUAGCACAGCCUAUGGGGUUUCAGAAAGGUGGCUAUCACAAGCCCAUGAACCCUCAUUCUCAGCAAAGUGAUGAGAAGUUCUACCAGUGGUCAGAUCUUCGAGGGGGCCCUCCACCAUGGCCAAAUCAAUGGGCAGACUACCAGCGGCCAAGCCAUCCAUAUAGAUCAAACGACCAGAAUAGGUUUCAUUCUGGGACUGAGUAUUAUGAAGGUGGUUAUCCCAGUCAGCUAUAUCCCAGGUCAGUAUAUGAGAAUCCAUAUCAGAACCACCCUCCUACAAGCACAAGGGAAGAGUAUCCCUAUGGAAGUUAUUAUCAUGGACAUUCACAGCGGCUGAAAGAAGACCGAGUUCCAAGGCAGGGGAGUCCCUACACUAGACCUGGAGAUCAUAGAGAUCAAAACCCCUACAGUGACUUCCAUGAGGAAAGACAGAGCAGCCCGUUUGGAACAAAUGGUGAAAUGCAGUUUUGGUCUAAAAAUUAUGAUAAAUACAAGGAAAGCCCUGUUUCUGAUUCUGCCAGGCAAGAAAGACCAGGGGAAGAGGAACUGCCAUAUAGCACCUUGGAAGGGAACAACACCCAGCUCAAUGAGCUUUCAUCGACCGGUGGGUCUAGUUUGCUCCAGCAAUAUAAGGACUCGGGUCUUAGCUCCAGCAGCUAUGAGCUCAGCCAGUACAUGUUGGAUUCAUCCGAUCAAUUCGACUCUACACCUUUGAAGACUUGGAGUCCUGUUCAGACAGAAGAUGCAUCAGUUGGUCCUAUGGAUCCCAUGAAAUUCUUCAUCCCUCACACACCUGUGUGCUUUGGACCAGGAGGUCAAUUGAUCGUGGUGUGUCCCAACCAUCCAGCUGAUGGGCAGACAGCACUUGUGGAAGUACACAGUUUGGAGGUUUUCCUUAAUGACACUGAGGAACAAGAGGAGCUAAGAGCUUUCUCAGGACCUCUGAUCAGGGAAGACUUGCACAAGGUGGAUGUGAUGCUGUUUUGCCAGCAGAAGGCAGCUUUGAGUUCCAAGGCUGAGAGUCCAAGAGGUAGAGAUUUGGCCCUGCUCUGGAAGCUGCUCAUCCUCCUUUGUCGGCAGAAUGGAUCAAUGGUGGGGUCAGAUGUAGCUGAACUGUUGAUGCAAGACUGCAAGAGCCUGGAGAAAUAUAAAAGACAAGCCCCUGUAGCUAACCUGAUCAACUUGACCGAUGAUGAUUGGCCACUACCAAGCUCCGGGACACCCAACCUGCUUACUGGUGAGAUUCCUCCCAGUGUAGAGACACCCGCCCAGAUUAUUGAGAAGUUCACUAAACUUCUCUUCUAUGGAAGAAAGAAGGAAGCCCUGGAAUGGGCCAUGAGGAACCAUUUGUGGGGUCAUGCACUCUUCCUGUCCAGCAAGAUGGACCCAAGAACUUACAGUUGGGUCAUGAGUGGCUUCAUUAGCUCUUUGGCUCUCAACGAUCCCCUUCAGACUCUCUUCCAGCUCAUGUCCGGGAGGAUCCCCCAGGCAGCCACGUCCUGUGGGGACAAGCAAUGGGGAGACUGGAGGCCACAUCUGGCAGUAAUGCUAUCCAAUCAAGCUGGAGACCCUGAAUUGCAUCAGCGAGCCAUCAUUACCAUGGGUGACACUCUGGCUGGAAAAGGGCUAUUGGAGGCAGCUCACUUCUGCUACCUGAUGGCCCAUGUACCUUUUGGUCACUACACUGUGAAGACAGACCACCUGGUUUUGCUGGGCAGUAGCCACAGUCAGGAGUUUUUGAAAUUUGCAACCACUGAAGCCAUCCAAAGGACAGAAAUCUUCGAAUACUGUCAGAUGUUGGGACGCCCCAAAUCCUUCAUCCCUUCUUUCCAGGUAUAUAAACUGCUUUAUGCUUCCCGACUGGCAGAUUAUGGUCUCACAUCCCAAGCCUUGCAUUACUGUGAGGGUAUCAGCUCAAUCCUCCUGAGCCAGACCGAGAGCAGCCACCCUGUGCUAUUAGCAGAACUCAUCAAGUUAUCAGAGCAACUGAAGCUGUCAGACCCUCUGCUUUUGGAAAGACGUCAUCGAGGGAAAGAGCAGGAGCCUGCAUGGUUAGUAAAGCUUCGAGAAAAACAAAGGGAACUUAAGUUUGUGAAAAAGGCAGAAGAAGACCUUGGUGAUCCUGAUUUCAUUUACACAGAUAUUUUAAAAGCCAGGCAGUCCACAGCAGAAAACACCCUUCUCCAAGAUCCCUAUCAGAGUCAGGGCUAUUCAGAAGCAUUCAACUAUCCCUCAUCCAUGCAGCUGCCACCUGAGGGCACAGGUCUGAGUCAGCCAGAUCUGCAGCAGCCCCUUCCCUUCCAACUAGGCCUGAAUCCUGCUGGGGAAGGACCAGCACAUUCAGGAACAUCAGUACCUCUUUAUGCCAGACCAGAGACAACAAUGACAGUAUCCUCGGUAAUAACACAGCCAGAGGAAGAACAGCAGACAUAUCUAUCCCAUGAGGAUAUCCCAGAAUCCCCAAAAUCAUACCAGUAUCAGGAUCCUGAAAUUCAAAAGGCUCCAGUGGCUCCUGGAAUACAAGACAUUUCAGAGACUUCCACCACUUCUUUUGAUGGAGAAAAAGAAAAUUCUUCAGAUGAUGAUGAAAAGGAAGAUGAUGUCCAAGAUAAUGUAAAGAGCAAGAAGGAAUCAGAAAAGAAUACAAAGAGCUAUGGAUUUGGAUGGUUUGGCUGGUUUCGAUCAAAGCCUUCUAAGGUGCCUUCUGUGGAAGAGGACUCCUCUGAUAGCCCCGACUCUGAGGAGACAUCAACCAAAGAUCAAUUUCCCUUGGCUAGCACAACCCCCUCCACAUUAUCUACUCCCUUUUUUCUGCCUCACCCAGGUAUUGACACUGUUUCCAGAGGUCUAGGUGAGGGUGAAAGAAGAGGAUCUACAAUGAAUACAAAUCUACCUGCAAUGGAGGGUGUUCCCCACGAACAUGGUUUUAAUCCCAGUGGUUUACCUCCUCCUCCUCCCAUCUUGAGCAAUGCUGUCCCACUCUAUAAUCCGUCUCAGAUGCCUCAGCUCUCCAUGACUACGAGCGUGAAUCGGCCAAAUCGCCUAGCUCAGCGGCGCUAUCCCACCCAGUCAUGACCAGAAUAACUUAGAGUGUUCUUCUUGGACUUCAAGUUUUUCUCCCCCAUAGCCAGGAUACGAGGCAAGGAUGCUGCCUUUACAUCUGGCUUAUUUUCUUAACCUCCUAAUGCCUUGUUCUGCCCUCUUGGGAAGCGAUGGGAGUCCCUAUUACUGGAUCAUCAUCUCCACAAGAGACCCUGCAAGGCCAGGAGAGUGGUCUGGUUCAUUAUUUGUUGAACUGUUUUAGACAAAUAAGGGGGUAUUGCUUUUUUUUGGUGUAAAAACAGACCAUUAGUGCACUGAAAACUCAGGAAAAUAAGGAUCUACAGAACCCUUUAUUGGAAUUACUUAUAACACCACUUGACUGAGUUAGGGAAUUCACUAUGGGGAGAAAGAUGAGCAUGUUGGAGAAUAACUUUUUACCUAUACCUAAUUCCCAGGACUGAGUUUUUAAGAUGCCAUGUAUUAGAGGCAGCUAGGUGGUACAAAUGGAUACAACGCUAGGAGGAGCUGAGUUCAAAUCAGCCUCAGAUACUGAGCUGUGUGACUCUGGACAAGUCACUUAAUCCUGAUUGCUUCCCCCAUUAGAACCCCCAAAUUAAAAAAGGUAUAUGAAAUAGAGAACUAGUCCUGGAGUCAGGAAGAGCUGAAUUCAAAUCUGCCUCAGAUACUGUGCUGUGUAAUCCUGGCAAGUCACUUAACUCUGAUUGCUUCUCCCACUAGCCCCCCCAAAAUAAAAAGAUACCAUGUGGUAUAUAGAAUAGAGAGCCAGUCCUGGAGUCAGGAAGAGCUGAGUUCAAAUUCUACCAAAGGACAUUUAUUAUCUAAGUGACCCUUGGUGAGUCAUCUUAUCACCCAGUGCUCCGAUCUAUAGUAGAAGAAGAUAAACAGUGGAUGAAACAACGUUCUCUACUGGUGGAUGGGAUUUUCAUAUACAGAGUUCUUCGCCACAGAUCCAAAAAAAUAAAUCCCAAUCUAAACUUAGAUCAGGUCUAUGCACAGUAAUGCAAGGCAGAGGCUUCAUGCAAAAGCUUUUAUAAUAUUUCAUUUCCUGUUUCCCUGACCAGCACUGCCUGGGGGAUUUUCUUAUGGCCCCAGUUUCUUAUGGUAUUUUUCUAAGGUUGAUAUUGAUUUCUCAUUUUUGAAAUUAUAUUUUGCUCUUUGGGUAUAUACAUGAGGUCUUAUUGACCUAAGGGGAAAUGAAACAAAUAGCUGUUUCUCCUAUUAUGAAGCUUUGGAAAGUCUUCCAGCUGAUUAUUUCAUCUGUUCGGCUAACUUAACAAGACUGGGAUCAUCUAUUUUUUCCCAGUUGCUAAUGACUGCUUCCUUUUCAAAUUAUAUUUUAUUAUCUGGAUUUGUCUUCAUAGGGAGAGGUCCAAGAUCAUAGAAUCAUAGAUUAACAGCAAGAAGGGACCUAAGAAGUCAUUUAGUCCAAUCCCUUAAUUUACAGAUGAAGAAACAGAAAUCUAGAGAUAUAAAAUCUUCUGCCCGAAGUAUUGUAAGUGACAGAAUCUGGAUUUGCAGUCAGAUCCAUCAAUCUUUUUAACCCCUGGUAUACAAUGUAAGUCCAUUGAGGGCAAGAAUUAUCUAUUUCAGAAGGGUCUUAUCAAUCAAUUAAUCAAUAAACAUUUAUUAAGUGCCUACUAUGUGCCUAGCUCUGUGCUAAGUGCUUUUAUCCCUUUUGCUUAGCACAGAAACAGUAUUUUAUAAAUUUUAAAUGAAUUGACUUGAACUGUAUUGAAAACGCAAUAUAUAGUCUUGAAAUGCUUCCCUUUUCCUUUACUGGGCCCAUUUGUUCACAGUCUAGUCCUCAGGUCAUUAUAGGUCCAGUAUGUCACCAUGACUGUAGUUGCCAAGUGAUAUCACUGGGUAGAAAAUCAGUACUGGUAAAUAAAUAGUGGGAAAUUUUUCUAAAUCCAUUUUCUCAUGAAGAGAGGAACUAUCCAUACCUGCUCCCUUCCCUUAGAUACCUCAGUUCUUCUCUCUAUUCUUCCUUAGGAAAUUUUGAAUCUGGAGAGCCAUUGGGAGGAGAUGGGAAUUUGUGAAAAACCCUCAAUUUCCCUUUCACAAUUAAAAGCAUCUUGCCUCUCAUAGAGAUCACUUAUCAGUGACUUAGUGUUUUAUAUCUCCUCUAUUCACUUGUGAUGAUACCAAGUUACCAAAAACAUGUUUGUGUAUCCUAAACAUAGCCUCAUAGAAGUAGGUUGGGGUAUAAAUCACAAAUAAAUAGGUACAAAGUAUUAUGUACAAGCCUUUGAAUUUUGAUGUAUUAUUGAUUUUGAUGAGAAGAGAUUAAAUUCACAUAAUUUUAUAGUAAAUGCUUGUCUCUGAUUCAUCUUUGCAAAGGAAAAAGUGUACGCAUGUAGUUUCAUUCCUAGAAGGCUGGUCCUUCAGUUGUUCAAUGACCUUAUCUAGGAAAUGGAAGUGAUUUUAAUAGGCUCUGCUAAGUGACCUCAAGAACCAUUGUCACAAAAUUGCCAAUUUUGAUCUUCAUGUUGCAGACUCACUCCCAAAGAAGAUGGGUCUAUUCACUCUGCAAAAGCAAAACAUAAUAAAAAUACAAAACAAAAAUAAAACUUGUCCUUGCAAUUUAGGUCCAGUGCCACCCACUGAUGGUAUUGUGUCAUGGGUCAUAGGGGUUGAGAUGGAAGACAAUAGAAUUAAAAAGUUGGAUAGAAUCUCAGAAAUAGCUUCGGCCAAACCUUUCAUUUCACAUGAAGAAAAUACUGGUCUUUACUGGACUUAUGUUGUACAAUGAAUUUUUGAUUUGUUGUGUUUCAAAAAUAAAUAUUUAUUUAAAUAA